AUGAACGAGCCCAAGGUGCAGUCCCUGUUCUUCAUCAUCCUUCCAGAUUUACACAAACUCUGCACCGUCCAGAUAAUACUGAGUGGCAGGGUGGCAGAAAUAGACAUUAGGAGCACUCAGAUAAAGAUGUGCAGGCAGCUGCUACUUUCACAUGAAGAUAUUCUAACAGCACCUGUGCCUGGAAUAUUAAACCAAAUUUCAGUAGUGAUGUCGAUACCAUUUUUUAAAUCUGGGAGACUUAAUGCCUAUAUUGAAAAAUAUGAAGCUAAGAUGGAGGCUCCACAAAGAGUAACUCCUGCAAUUCUUCAGAACUGCCUUUCCUACUCACUCAUGGCUAGACUUGCUCCGGCCUGGAAUAGAACAGGUCAUCUCUUGGUACAAGGAAGAGAUUUUCUUUCUAAUAUGGGAAAGCAAAGUGCAGUUGUAUUAGACAUCAAUGUAACAGAAACACAAGUUUGUCUAAGUAUAGAAGUCUAUACUAUCAGAUUGCCACCUCCUGAGCUACAGGAGUUUGAUAUUUCUCAGCAUGUUAUAGAGGAUUUUCAUACCAACCAGAAUGCUGUCAUUGAGAGACACUCCAUUUUAAGCAACUGGUGCUACGUUUUGCCCAGUAUGAAAAUGGGGCAGAUAAUAAAUUUUCUUCAUACUGCACCCCCUGACUGUCCCUUUCAUUCCUUCGAAGAUUUCCAGAGGCACUGGGAUGACCUGUAUGGCUAUAAACUUCCAGAGGACUGUGGAGAUAUGAAAAUAUACUGCAGCAUCUACUUCAAAAUGAUUGACAAGAGGACCUUCACGUACCCUCUCAGCUGCAUCAGAAGUCAGCCCAUGCAGUUCUUCCCAAGAGUAGAUUUGGAUGGAGUGUUGAAAAGCUUCAUUUCAGAUUUAAGAUUGAAACUGCCACAUUUAUGUGGGUUUCCCGUAAAGAUGACAUAUAAGCCAUGCUAUUACACACAGGAGCUAACCAGGCCACAUCUACAGGAAAACAAAGUCAAACCAUCCAAUCUGACCACUAAAAAAUUCUUCCGAGAGUCUCUAACUCAAGCCACAUUGGUGAAACCCACAAGAGCUCUAAAUUUCAUCCCACAGUCAACAGCUGCCAAGCACAAAGUGGAGCCUUCUGUUGGCCAGCAGAGGUCAGGCUUGUUCUCAGCUGGUUGCCACCAGCCUGUGUCUUUUCAGGACAGAAAGCCCUACUGGCCUCUCAAAGCACCACAGCUACAUUUGGUUGAGUCAAAGCUCACCAGAGAGAAUACACAAGCGGAGAACAAAAAUCUUUGCUCACAAGGUAACAGAGCCCCGCCAUUCAUACCAGUUUUCAAAAGGAAAUCUGAGCAAGUGAACAAAAACGUCUCAGCACUUAGCACCUUGAAAAGAAAACAGAGUGGAUUUACAGAACCCACCACAUUGGCGCAGGAGACUGGGGCUACUCAGGGAGGCAAACCUAGUCUAGGUGCAGCCACUCGAAAAAGACCGAAUAGCAACAUUCGAGUACUUGCUGGAAACUUAAGUCAGAAGGGCUCCAAACCUCUGCAAGAAAAAGGCACCGAGUUCUAUGAUCAGAAGAAGGAACAGCCCUUGUCUGAUUUGAGACAGACUGUGCACCUUAGAGAAGCUAGACCAUCGUCUACUAGAGCGGUGACACAGACGUCAAGAAACAGUGUAGCUGUGGUGAAAAACAAUGUUGACAUCCACCCUGCUGGAAAAGACAAUCUAACGAGCAGAUUCAUAACACAAAUUUUGGGGAAAAGCCACGAGUCUCUAAAACUCAAAAGCCAGCCACACAUUUUUGAAUCAGACUUAGAAACUGAAGACUCCCAACUCCAACAGCAGCAAUUAGCAAAUCAGGUUCAAGAAGCCGACGCAGCUGAACACAGCCCAAUAGAGAGCAGAGCAGCCCGCAGCCGCAGACAGACAGUGUGCCUUGAGUCUUCAAGGGCUUCUACAAAGCGCCGUUCCAGUGCUGCACACCAGAGGCAAUCUAGUUCUAAGACCCAGGUUUCUAAUACAGCCAAGCCCAAGAAUUUCCUCAACAUUGCUGCAUCUGAGUACAGCGAGGAACAUAGACUGUCCACCAGGUAA